GAUGCUAUACUUUGCUUCUCAUCUCUCCUCAUGGGUGUAGUAAGGAUGGGCAGACCUUUCCUCUUUUGGUGGCUAGUAGCCAUCAUGGCUGUGGUUUGGCGGCAGUCGAGUGCAGUGGUCCUUGGCUCUGGCUCUGGAACAAUGGACAUCAUGUGUGCAGAUUUCACUUCGUUUCCCGAGAGCAUGGCAGUCAGCACAGGAUCAAACGUCUGCUUUAUCUGCGACUACCCGAACACGGAGGGCGAGACCUGGUCCAACUCGUGCUCCGGAGACCAGGACCUCACGUGUACCUGCAACUUCAACGACCUGAUGACGGGUACCCAGCUCUGUUUCACCAGCUUCAGCCAGGCUUGUUCGGGGAACUACCAGUGCAAUGUAACUCUUGAGGAAACACUAGUGAACUGCGGUGCAACAGCCCAGAUCGUGGCAACAGAUGAGAGGUUUACAGUGCAACCAGAAAGAGUCACAACAGUCAAUGGAAAUCGAGUGAGCUUUGAGUGUGAGCUACUCAGUGGGAAGAACGUCACCUGGCAACGCAAGAACUCCACUGACCUUUCGUUUCUGACCUCCACCACACCCCCAGGCAACUACAUAUUUGAAAUGGGGACGAAACUAACAAUCAAUUCGGUUCAGCCAGGACAUGCAGGAGAAUACAGGUGUGCUCUCGAGGUACAAGAUGGUAUCUACCUCUACAGUGACUUUGCAGAGUUGAACUACCUUGGGGAAGGGGUGACUCUUUCCUUUGAGGGGACAUCGUAUUCAUUGGAGGAAGGAGAGUCAGUUGUGGUAUGUGUCACAGCCUCGGGCACCAUUCCUGAUGGCUACAACAUUGAUUUCUCCGUGAUUUCAUCUGAUGGUACAGCUCAGUCUGGAUCAGACUAUGAGAUGGUGAAUUUCACGCGGACACUUGUGGGUAUCCAGAACCCCAUGUGUGUGGAGGGUUUCCUCAUUUCAACUCUGGAGGACUCCCUUGUGGAAGCAUAUGAGGAGUUCACCAUCCAACUGACGAGCAGCAGUUUCAUAGUCUCCACUGCUAAUGACACCAUCCAAAUCACCAUAGAGAAUGAUGACGUGCUCAAUGUAAGCUUCCCAUUAGUCACAUACACGGUGGCAGAGGAUGCUGGGCCAGUGUCAGUGUGUGUGUCAUCUGAGGGGCAGCUGAGUGGUGGUGCAGCCAAUCUCUCACUGUACACCUCUGAUGGAACUGCCACUGAUAGUGGAGGAGAUUAUGAUCCUGUGAUCUUAGAGUACAGCAUCUCCCCAAACGCCUCAGACGAGUGUGUGGUAGAGGUAAAUAUCAUGAUCAACGAUGACUCCAGGCCGGAGCCCGAACAAUGUUUCUCCCUCCAUCUCAUAUCCUCUGACUUUCGAGUCAAUGUCGAAACCAAUGCCACCGUCAUAUGCAUCAUAGACAAUGAUAAUGUAACCAUUCAGUUUGCCCAAGCAAACCAUGUCUUCUUCGAAAACUCCAUUGUUACUGUAAACAUUGUUUAUGACGUACUACCAGAGAAUUUAACAAUCAGGUACAAUGUGACACAAAGUGGCCAAACCGCCAUUGUUGAUCAGGACUAUUUGGCACAGAAUAGGACCGUAGCUGUGAUGGAAAACAGCAAUUUCACCUACCAGUUCCCUAUUGAACUACUUGCUGAUGAUGUCGUGGAGGGUAAUGAGACACUCUCCCUUCAUCUCUCCUCGUCAGAGAGCAAAGUCACACUCAACACUCCCACCACUACUAUCACCAUUAUUGAUGAUGAUAAGAGAGUGGACAUAAAUUUUGAGCAGUCAACGUACAUUUUCAGUGAGAGUGAUGGCACAGUGGACAUUUGUGCCGUGACUUUUAAUGAAGCUCUAUAUGAUUUCGAUGUUGGCUUUGCUAUUAAUGUCCAAGUAACUGAAUCUCCAAGUUCAGCUACAGUGGAUGUAGACUUCACGUCCUCAGUCUUCUUUGUAACACUGAAAGCUGAGCAUACGACUGUUUGUACAAAUGGAACACUGCUCGAAGACUUACUAGUCGAAGGAACCGAGAGCUUCUAUCUGGUCUUCAGCAGCAACGAUCCCAACAUCAUUCUCAAUUCAAACUCGGGACAAAACCAAAUUGAAGCUGAAAUUUUGAUUACCGACAGCACCAUUUUAGAGCUGAGAUUUGGGAGCACAUCUUACACAGUAACCGAGAGUGCAGAAAGUCUGCAAAUAUGUCUAGAAGUGUUUGACAGUGCUGAAAUAGCUUCUGGUGUCAGCAUUGAAAUCAACAUUGUAGAGGUGUCGGACGAACCAUUAGAUGGAGUUGCUUUCAAUUUGCCCACUACCCCAUAUACUUUUAAUGAGGAGUCAUAUCAGAGUUGCUCCACAAUCAGUGUUAUUAACGACCCUACUCCACAUGGCGACCGUUCAGCUCUUCUGAGUGUGCAGGCUCAAGACACACAGUUUACUGUGGCUGGUGAUAUAGCCACUGUCACGUUUCUGGAUGAACAAGAGGGAGUGUUGUGUGGAGAUCUGGUGUGUAGCAAUGGGGGAGAGUGCUUGGAUGACUUUGUAUGCAUCUGUCCUUCUGACUACACUGGAUCCCAGUGUGAAACCAGAAUAACCCAGGACCCUGCACUGGCCCUAUUCUCCACGACUCCAGUACUAGGAGGAGACUACACCGCUACGUGCACACUGACAGUUGACUCUGAGAUUAGUCUGGAAGAGAUAAGUCCUACAGUCACCAUUCAUUGGCUUGGAGAAUUCGAUGAACCAUUGAACUCAACAGAAGGUUUGACUAUUGGAGAAGUUGUCAUAUCCAGCAACAUGGCAACACUUUCACUCAACAUUACUGGUCUUACUACAUCCCACGCUGGUCCUUACACCUGCCGGGCUUCUCUAAUUGAUGGGGGUAUCCCCAUAACACUGGAGCAGGGCACCAACAUCACAUUCACUUUGCCAGCACCUCCCCUGGUCUUCAUUCUGCAAGUUCCAGCUACUGUGCCAGCAGGAGAUGCUGUGGAUUUGAGAUGUACAUCCAUUCUCCCCAGCUCCAUCACUACACCUGUUGUACCAAUUUUUGAGUGGACGGUGGGCGAUGGAAGUCCUCUUCCCGAGUCAUCUCGAAUUACAAUCAGCCCGCCUUUGGGUCUAACUUCAGUACUCACCAUCAGCCCUGCAUUAAUGACAGACACUGGCAGUUAUACCUGCAGUAUCUAUUUUGAGCCCACCAGUGGCUAUCUCAUUGGUUCGCCCUCCAACUCUAGAUCAUCUUCUCAUGACGUAACUGUUAACGUGAUGGAGUUACUGGUGACUCUGACGGCAGAGAGCGACAGAGUGCCGAACGUGUCCCCAUACAACACAUUUGAACUGACUUGCAGAGCAGAAGAAGAGGACUACCUGAGUUUGCUCUCGUUCCAGAUCAGGUGGGUGAGGGAGACAGGGGCAGAGGAAGAGGAGACUGUUAAUCCAGACAGUCAGACGACCAUUGAAACAUCCGACACUGAGCCAGUCAGUGUGCUGAGAGCCACUAGGAGCCAGCCAGGCCAGUAUGUCUUCUACUGUGAGGUGAUUUAUCAGUAUGAGGAGGAAGAAGUCGCAUUGGGUGUGUCCAACUAUCAAGAUGUGACUGUCAGUGGCCCAUCCAACCCUGCUACUCCUGUGCUUCCAACAGUCUAUGGAACUGGUGUUGACUUUGCCAUAGUCCAGUGGAUAGUAUCUCGUGUUGAGUUCACCCCAGAUACCUACUAUGUCGAGUACGGAGAUUUCACAGAUGAUGACUCUGAUCCUGACCUGAUUAGAAAGCAGUAUCCCAUCAUCAAUGCCAACUUUACAGCCACCGACACAGUGUUCAUGUUUGUAGUGGAUGGACUCGGUCCAAGCAGACUGUAUGGGUUCAAGAUUGUGGCUGAGAACAGCAACGGAGAGACCAGUACAGAAGAAUUCACUUACUCCUCCACUAGAAAUCAAGAACCAUUCAUUAAUAUACUACAAGAAGAGACUACCUCAUUUUCCUACCCUAUUGGAGCCGCCAUUGAUUUGCAGUACUUCCAAACAAACAUUAUUCAAGAUGGAAGUGGUGACGAGCUCACGGCCAGCUAUGUGUUUGUACCUGAACUCCACAAGCCACUGCAGCAGCCAACAUUUGUGAAUAAUGUGUUGACUGUCAGUGUUCAGUACAGCUGGGCUAGUCCGUCGCUGAAUGGAGGCUACGUUCUCUGCAGCAAAAGUGACACUCCGCUUCUCUGUGGCGGUCGGAUAACAAUAUCCGUGACAAUUCCUUCUCUGACAAUCUCAACUGAGCUACUGGUAUCGCAGUAUGUGGAUGGCAAUGAAGUAAACGAGGAAUCACCUGAGAUAGUGUGUCUGCCUUCAGACCCCAGUGCCCCCGUCACGUGGUCCACUCUCCCAGUCUUUAUCGAUCUGGAGCAGAGUUAUAACGCUGUGUUUGAUCCUCCAGGUCUCAACCACACCCUCCGGUUUCCCUCGUACUACAGGCAGUUGCCCAUGGGGACACUCAGAGUCAUGUGUGACCUCGUUAAUGUGGAUGAGCCUGAAGUCCAGAUUGAUCCCAUGGUGACCACUGUUGUUUUCGUGCAGAAUCCCGUGUCUCUCCUCAACGAUGACCGAGUGAUGGAGCCCAAUGCUGUCAUCAACUCGUUCUCAGUCUACGAGGGAGUGGACUACCUCAGUCUCGUAUGUGUGGGAACAGCAGGCAACGGCCAACUGCAGUGGAAGAGACUGUCAGGAGAAACUGAGGGUGGUGUCCUGGGCAAUAGUGAUGAUGUCACCAUCGAUUACUACUCUGAUGACAAACGGGAUACGUCACUUACUCUUAAACCAGUCUCCAGGGCCCUGGCUGGAUACUACAGCUGCAGAUCUACACAGACGGACCAAGAAGCAUCGGUUAUAGUCACUUUUCAAGACCCCUACUUUGCCUUCACUAGUUUCGGCCAGUAUGGCAUCCCACUCGGAGUCAGGGUGGACAUAUCGGCGCGCUAUGCCUACUCAUCUAACGGAGUUAACAAUUCAGGGACUGGAUUCACAUACGGACUAACAUUCUCACCUUUAACUUCAACAGGAAGUACACUAUCAGAAGGGGAGCUAAUUGAAAGUGGUUCUACGGAUCCCCUAAGCAACAACUAUGUGUACUCUGUGUAUGGCAGUCGUACCAACGGAGGGCUAUACAAUCUCACCUUCACAUACUCUGAAACACAAGAAGUUUACGUACUAUCAACAGAGAUUGUUGUGACUGUUCCAUACAUUGCAAUGUACGAGGAAGAAGUAGUUGCCACAAGAAACCAGAUUGUGACGCUCAUCUGUAUCCCGAGUGACGUUCGUGCUCCUGUCCUCUGGAAUUUAGAACAAAUCCUUCGUCGACGUCAAAUUGAGGAAAACCCAUUCCUUCAUAACUAUCCAGAGUUCUUCUUCCUUGAUCCACCAUCUCUGAGACACAUGGUCACCUUCAAUAUCAGCACAGUGACCCAGUCUUUCUCAGUCGGCUACUUUGAGCUUGGCUUCAACUGUGGACUAAUGGAUGGAGAUGACGACAGUUUCAUUGUGAAUUCCACAGAUAUCACUGUGAUCUUGCAAGAUGACAAGUUACAGUUGGAACACUCCUUUUAUAGCCUGAGUAGGAUCUUCAACAACACAGUCAUAAACCAACUGAGCGAAGGAGAAGGCACCUCCACUACACUUCCACCCCCACAGAGCAAGAGAGGUUCCCCAGUACAAGACUCUCUCUACGUAGACUGCUCUGCAAGUCAGGGAGACCACGAGCCAGUCUGGACCACCACUAACCCAGAAGUCGGGUGGCGACACAGGAGUCAUACCCACAGAUGCCGAGGGUAUGGGGCACAGAGGCUGUCGGCCUACAUGGCAAGGCUGUACUUUGACUAUUUUGAUCCCGGGUACGAAGGGGUGUACACGUGCUAUUCAGAGUUGAGCAGCGAAUUUGUGGAGAUAAUCGUUACAUCAAGAAAUCCUUAUGUGGCGGCAGUGACUGCUGAUCCUGUCACUGUGAUUGAAGACAACCCGAUAACCUUAGUGUUCAGGGUGGCGGUGGACAGCAACGGAAACAGUUGGGACACAGAGGAGAUCUACUUUAUGUUUCAAGACGAGACUACGCUGCGUUUCACAGUCUGCGAUAACAAUUUUCCACAGAAUUACUGCUACACUAUAGCGAGUGUGAGUCGAUUUGACGAAGGAACAUACACAGCUACUGCUUCAAGUCAGAGAGAUGAACUCCAAUCAGCAGCUAAUGACUCCAUCUUUCUUGAUAUCACACGAAGAUGUGCAGUUGAUGUGAGCAGCGGUAUACAGUGGCCAUGGACACUGGAAGACACCACAGUCUCACGACCAUGUAGUGAGGCUGGGUCCAUGUUCCGUGCUGGACCCAAGGCCUCAAGGAGAUGUAAUAACCAGGGAGAGUGGGAGGAGGCAGAUCUGACCUCAUGUACCAUAGCCGAAAUAGAAGACCCGUUUCUCCUGGUUUGGUUUGUGAUUGAUGCCGACCAGUACACUGAUGACCAGGAACAGGACUUUGUUGAUAGUAUGAAGGGAAUCCUGGAUGCUAAUGGAGUGGUCUACUCACGAGUGAUUCUUCGUUCAGUCUACAUAGCCAGUGUUGCUGUCACAUUCCAAGUGGAUCUGGUGGAAGAAGACCAGAGAAGCAACAUCUCUCAGCUGAGCUCGUAUGUGAGCAGCUCUGAGAGCUUCUCGACCUUCAGUAACUACUCUGUCAUGGAGGAUGGCAGAGGUUCUGUGGAUGUCACUGUAGCAGAGACUUGCGUGUGCUCGUCAGCAACUGUUGGGACAUCACUUCAGCUGUGUAGUGGAGCUGCUCUCAGUCCAUGUGACUGUGUUGGUGAUACAUGCAGUUGUCAGACACCGUUUGUUGGUGAUGGAAUGAGCUGCACUUUGGACUCUGACUCUGACGGCUAUCCAGAUGAACCACUGGACUCUCCUCUGUGUGAGGAAGACCCUUCAAUCAUCUACUGCAUUGCUGAUGUUUGUCCGGAUAUCACUAAUCCUGACCAGGAUCCAAUUGCAUGUCAACCUGAGGUUCCACCUGAGGCAGUGUUUUCAGGGUGCCCAUAUGGUCCCGAUGAAGUAUGGGGUAUCAUAUGGCCCAAUGCUGCAGCAGUAACUGUCAAUACACAACCCUGCCCUGGAGGAGUUGAUGCUCUUGGAAAUGCAACAAGAGUAUGCUAUGAGAACGGAACAUGGGGAGAUGUUAAUGUCCUCUCGUGUCAAUCACUAGCCAUAGUUCGUGUCGUGGAAGAGGCCAGAGAUCGUCUGCCUGGUGCCGACGAGGUGAUAGAAGAGGUGACUCCAGAGUUGUUGGAGAGUGUUGCAGUGGUCUCAGAGCAGCUGGCGAUGGCUACUGACUCGCCACAGGACACUGGACUACUCCCUCUUGACCUUGAGGCUACUAACAAUGUAGUAGCACAAGUCUUGAAUGUCCUAGAGAGCAGCGUGGAUGAAGAUAAUAAUAUUAUUCCGAGUGAGGAGUUGGUGGAUGUGUUCAACAACAUACUGAAUGAGAGUAACCAGGAGGGUUGGACCCAGCUCCAGACUGUUGGCUCUGGGAGUCAGACUCUCCUCCAGAAUGCUGAGAGAUACGGAACCUACCUCGCCACCACUGUCAAUAGUACCACUGAGCCCUUGAUGCUGGUUAGAGAAAACAUUGUUUUGGCAGCUGAGAUGGUGGAGACAUCCAAUGAUUCAGACGUGGUGUUUCCAGCCCGACCUGAUCAACUGGGGAACUUCUCUUCGUCAGAGACUAGCGAAGUGGCCCAGAUCACCAUCCCAGGAACAUCUCUCGCCAGACUCUUGGCUCAGAACAAUGAAACUGGGGUUUUGCUGGUGUAUAUCAUCUUCCGAAACAUAGAGCAGUUCUUACCUACCAACACUUCAGUGCUAAACAACAGUAGGGCGGAGUCUCUGGUGUUGUCGUCUCAACUGGUUGGACUGAGUGAGGAUAAGAUCCCAGAUGAUUUGUUCAGGGACAACCCUAUCACACUCAACUUCUCCUUCACUGCAAGUUCAGCUGUGAUUGAGCGGUAUGUUGGAGUGUUCUGGAACUUUUCUAACCCAGUGGGUGCUGGUGGGUGGAGCUCAGAUGGGAUCCAGGUCAUUAGUAACGUAACGAGGGGAGAUGUCAUCACAGUUCUGUGUAACUCCACCCACCUUACGAGUUUUGCAGUAUUGGUGGACGUGGCUGGAGGACUAGAGGAUGUUCCAGAAGAAGAGAGACUAGCACUGCAAAUAGUCUCCUAUAUUGGUUGCAUCAUAUCCACCAUCUGUCUUUCCAUCACUGUGGUCUUCUACCUGACAAUGGGGAAGAAGCUGUUUUCUGCAGUGCACUACUUUGUCCACCUCAACCUGGCAAUAUCUCUACUGCUGGGAUAUGUGGUCUUCAUGUUUGGAAUUGAACUGGGCACCAGCACCAGGGGAGGUUGUGGGUUUGUGGCAGCACUGUUGCAGUACCUCUUCCUGUCAGCCUUCUGCUGGAUGAUGUGUGAGGGGAUCAUGCUCUACCUCAUGCUGAUUGUUGUCUUCAGCAAACUCUCCAACAAGUGGUGGUUCUUUCUGCUACUUGGAUACGGUACUCCGCUGUUAUUUGUGAUAAUUGGACUGGCAUCACGUGCAGAGUAUUAUGGAGUAUAUGGUGAUGACGGAGAGCUUGCCUUCUGUUGGCUGUCCACAGAGAAAGGGACAAUCUUUGCUUUUGUUGCACCCAUGAUAAUCAUCAUCAUCAUUAACACAGUGUUCCUGGUGCUAGCUCUCACUGCAUUGCUCCGCAGUAAGAAACAGAAGCUCACAGAGACGGAAAAUAAAAAGUCCAUCAAGCAAGCAACAACACUCUUGAAGGCAAUAGUAAUUCUACUGCCUCUACUGGGGCUGACAUGGCUGUUUGGUCUCCUGACACUCAACGGCAAUGCCACUGUCUUUGCCUGGCUCUUCACCAUCUUCAACUCACUCCAGGGAGCUGCCAUCUUCUUUUUUCAUGUAAUCCGGAGCAAAACAGUGUGGAGCAAGAUAUCCCCGACAUUGUCUCGUCUCAGAGACAGCACCCUCAAAUCUUCCUUCAAGUACAAUGUGUCAAGUUCCUACUCUGGAUCAGAGAGUGCAGCCGGUACUAUGAGGACACUUCUUCACAAAAAACCACUCGACUCAAAGUACGAGCUGAGUGUCCAGGGGUCUAGCUCCCUGGCCAAUGAGUAUUCACUGGCAUUCAGUGAGACAGAGGUGGAGACUGGGACUGGGGCUGACAUUGAUAAGAAAGACCUGGGUCCUAUACCAGAGGAUGGGGGUCCAGAGAAAGACAGUGGUGGCAGUUCUACUUGUCCAGAUAUUAUAGCUAACCCCUGUACUAAGACCAGAGAAGGUUCUGAAGACGGAGGAGAGAAAGAGGAGAUUACUGAAAUGUAGUAACAUUGUAACUGCGAUGACUUUUUAACAUAUACAUUAUCGCUUAUAGCUGUUAUAAAUGUUUUUAUGAUAUCUUGUACUUUGUGACAGAGAUCAUGUACAAUUUUAUAGUAUUACUAAAAAGUAAGGUGACAUUUAACAUCCGUGAGAAUUAUUGUCACAUACAUGAGAUGAUCAAAACGAUAAUGUGGGUAUAAAAAGAUGGCUGCUGUUGAUAUUUUCAGUAAAACAUUAUUAUAGGUAUAUAACUGGAUUUAGUUGUGUGAAUAGGUUUCGCAUCAGUGGUUCUUUUCCGUAUUUCAACACUAUGUGCUGCGUGACAAUUUACGGAUAGCACAAUUGACGGCAGUGGUAAUGUCAUCACAAAGCUGUUGGUAUGAGAACUCUGAAUCAUUUGAACCUUUGCAACUGCCGUCUGGGUCGCUGGAAAGUUUGGCGUCAUGAGGGACGUCGAUAUUCUCGUUCGGAGCCGUACCAUUCUGGUCACAACCAUU